AUGUCGUCGUCCUCGCCCGUAUCAGCGGUUUCAGCCACCGCGCCGCACGUGGUGGACGACUGCCUCGGCAUCGUGCAGCUUCUUAGCGACGGCACCGUGACGCGCUCCGCGGAAUACUCCGCGCUCCCUCUCCAGGGCGAGGUGCCGUCCAACCUACCCGUCCAGUGGAAGGACGUCGUCUACGACGCCGCGCACGCGCUCCGCCUCCGCAUGUACAGGCCCACCGACGGCAACACGACGACGGCCAAUAAUAAGCUGCCGGUGCUCGUCUACUUCCACGGCGGCGGGUUCUGCCUGUGCAGCUUCGAGCUGCCCCACUUCCACGCCGGCGCGCUCAGGCUCGCCGCGGAGCUCCCGGCGCUCGUGCUCUCCGCCGACUACCGCCUGGCGCCCGAGCACCGCCUCCCCGCGGCGCACCGCGACGCCGAGGCCGUCCUGUCGUGGCUCCGCGCCCAGGCCGAGGCCGACCCGUGGCUCGCCGACGACUCGGCCGACCUGGGCAGGGUGUUCGUCUGCGGCGACUCGGCCGGCGGCAACAUCGCGCACCACGUCGCCGUCCGGUACGGCAGCGGGCAGCUCGCCCUCGACCCCGUCGUCCGGAUCGCCGGGUGCGUCCUGCUCUGGCCCUUCUUCACCGCCGAGGAGAGGACGGCGUCCGAGGCGGCCGGCCUUGUUGACGAACACCAGUUCAUGGGCACGGCGCUGUUCGACCAGGCGUGGCGCCUGGCGCUGCCCGUCGGCGCGACCAGGGACCACCCGGCGGCCAACCCGUUCGGGCCGGACAGCGUCCCGCUGGACGACGUCGCCUUCCCGCCGCUGCUCGUCGUGGACCCGGACCAGGACGUGCUGCACGACCGCAUACAGGACUAUGCCGCUAGGUUGACGGCGAUGGCGAAGCCGGUCGAACUUGCCGUGUUCAGAGGCCAGGGCCACGGGUUCUUCGUCUUCGACCCGUGUGGUGAAGCUUCCGACCAGCUGAUCCACGUCAUUAGGCGGUUCGUCCAUGGCGGCUAG